GGGACCAGCAGAGCGCGGCCCUUCCUCUCCACCUGGGUCCUGGCCAUGGCUCCCCAGGCCGGCCGCCCUGUCUGUCCUACCAUGUGCGGACCGCGAGCCCGGGCAGCGUCCGAGGGCAGGGCCCCGCGCUGUGCCCUGCCGGGCACCGUGCUCCUGCUCCUCGUCUACCUGGCUUACCUGGCCCUGGGCACCGGCGUGUUCUGGAUGCUGGAGAGCCCCGCGGCGCAGGCCUCCAAGGCGAGGUUCAAGCGCGACAAGUGGGCGCUGCUGCGGAACUUCACGUGCCUGGACGGCCCGGCGCUGGACUCGCUGAUCCGGGGCAUCAUCCAUGCGUACCAAACUGGGGACAUCGUCCUGGGCAACACCACCAGCAUGGGGCGCUGGGAGAUCGUGGGCUCCUUCUUCUUUUCCGUGUCCACCAUCACCACCAUCGGCUACGGCAACCUGAGCCCCCACACGAUGGCUGCCCGCCUCUUCUGCAUCUUCUUUGCUCUGGUGGGGAUCCCGCUCAACCUCGUGGUGCUCAACCACCUGGGGCACCUCAUGCAGCAGGGUGUGCACCGCUGUGCCCGCAGGCUGGGGGGCGCCUGGCAGGACCCGGCCAAGGCCCGCUGGCUGACGGGUUCGGGCACCCUCCUCUCGGGCCUCCUGCUCUUCCUGCUGCUGCCGCCCCUGCUCUUCUCCCACAUGGAGGGCUGGAGCUACGUGGAAGGCUUCUACUUCGCCUUCAUCACCCUCAGCACCGUGGGCUUCGGUGACUACGUGAUCGGGAUGGACCCCUCCCGGCAGUACCCACUGUGGUACAAGAACACAGUGUCCCUGUGGAUCCUCUUCGGGAUGGCGUGGCUGGCCCUGAUCAUCAAACUGAUCUUCUCCCUGAUGGAGACCCGGGGGAGAUCAUAUUCCUGCUACCACCACAGCUCCAAGGGGGACUUCAGGCCCCGAAGCUGGAGGCAGGGCCCAGAGGGAGAGGCAGAGCGCCACUCCCCAGGGCCAGGCUGCUACCCGGAGGGGUCUGUGGGAGCCAGGCAGCCUUCGGAACCCUCGACUCAGGUCUCACGCUGUGGAAGGGAGCGCUAGUUAUACUCCAGGGUUUGUCCCACCUUCAUUCUCAGUAGCAAGACCCCUUAUUUUAAUCUUGGUGCAGGGCCACCCAGACGAAAGACUACAUUUUUUAUGUCUUCUUUUGAGACUAGGUGCAGCUUUGUGACCAAAUUCUGCCCAAUAGGGUCCAUAAGAAGU